GAUCAUUCCACUGUAUAAUUUAUAGUCACAACCCACCGAUUCUUGCCCAAUGAUGGAUUUCCUGAAAGGUGAGAGUGGCGGUGAUGGCGAAAGACCACCUCUUUACUUUCCGCAACCCGAAGAUUCUGUGCCAGCGAAAUCAGACGGCGAAAUGGGCACGAUGGGUCCUUGGGCAACUGGACGAACUGUCUUUACACCGCAAGGUGGUAUUACUGGCUUGAGACCGAUCUGCGAUCGGUAUUCCAUAACGCAGUUUAGCCCUGGGGAAUGGAGGUCGCACAACCAGACCUUCUUCCAACAGUCGAACAAAAUGAUACACGAUGCCCAAUUGUCAGCAUAUAAUGGUAAGAAUAGCAUACAGCGGGUAUUCAAAGAAUCAGACGGUCAGCAACAGGAGAAUAAAGAACGGUUGAUGAAACGAGCCGGUGAGGUGUUUAAAUGGAAAAGCGAAUUGGAACGAGAACUGCAGUUGAUGGCGGAGGAAAUAGAUCUACUGGAAGUGGAGUAUCGACGAGUGAAAGCGUCUUUGUCAGUUUUGACUAUUCCAGAAUCGAUUGCCGGGGAAUUCCUUCAGCUAAGAGCGACGCGAUUGGAGCCUGAUCUUGUUCGUGACGAUGUGGAUGCAGAACUGAUAAAAGAACUUGGCCUGUGCACUGAGAUCAGGGAACUUCUGGGCAGAACUAAAGAACAGAUCGAGAGGCAAGCCCUUGAACUCAAGGCUGCAAAGACACGAGUCGAGUUUGACUGGACCGAUAAAAAAGAUGCCUAUGAAAUAGACGCCCAAUGCAUAGGGCUGGCCAAUGAUUCUCCCUUGAUUCUAUGGAAAGCUGGUGCUGCAAGAAUUCCAGGCGAGCAAUCAACACCUGCUGGAUACGAGCACAUGACCCGUGAAGCCCUCGCCCAGGCUGAAACAACCCGGCAAAAAUCAGCGACUCUGCGUUCAACGUUAGACUCAAUUUAUGUGAACUCAGUUCGUGAUCUUCGCACUCAAGCUGAUCGAGUCGACGCAGCCUUGGCCCAAAAAGUUACCGUAACUCAGCAAUGCUGCGAACGGCUUGAAAAGGAAUUGCUCAGGUGUCUUUAUGAGAUCUCUAAGGUCGAGGAUUCUAUCCAGAAUCUAAAGGAUUCCACCAGAAAUCUUGACAAUACAUUAAAAGUUGCCCAGAGUCGUUUGGAUAACAGAUUACUUCGACGCAAUGUUGAAAGUUGCCGCGAUGUGCCACAAUUUGGAUUAAUCGAGGAGGUGAAAACGCUGGGGGAAAACAUAACGAUGAUGAAGGGUCAGAUAGAAAGAGCGGAACAAUCGCAGAUGGGAUUAGUCAAAGCUCGCGGCGAUUUGGAACGUGAGAUAAUUGUGAAAAGGAAAUCACUCUACAUGGAUCGUGAUCGAGGACAACUCUUGCGUUCUUUUUAUCCUUCAGCGGUGGCUCUGUCAGGACAUUCCUGAGCCUGUGUUCUUGGGUUAAAUGAUUUUUGAUAGAAGCCAAUUUUAUAGAAUUUUUAAAUACUUUUUAGGAUUUUGUUGAUUUUUUAUAUACCAAUGUACUAGAUAUACACUUACUUGAAUAGAACUUUUAUUUGAUGAAUGAAAGACGUAAUGUAU